AAGAAGAAAAUUAAGACCAAAAAGCGCGACUCAACCACAGAAGAGAUCACUCCUGAAGGUGUAGAACAGAUCGCUGUCGAAGAGACCGUAGAAGUCACUGAAAAGAAACCUCAAGAGUUCCCAAGUGAUAAAGACGUUGUCAAACCGACAGAAUCUGAUGAACAGAUUGAAACCACAGCUGAAUUACUACCCGAAAGUUUAGUUAAAGAUAUAGAAAUAAUUCCAAUGGAAAGUAGUAGUACUUUAAGUAAAGGCAAAAUAGAAGAGGAUUCAGUUACUAUCACACGAACCGACAAAACAACAGCACCGGAAGAAGUCCAGCCAGAAGAGGAACAGACAUCGGAGAUAACUCUCAAGAAAAAGAUCAAAAAACCUAAAAGUAUUACCGAAUCUACAGUUGAAGUCAAGCCAGAAUUGGAAAAAUCUGUAGAAACAACAACUGAAGAAUUCGUUGAAAUAUCUACCGUUCCCUCGGAAACAGUGUCCGAAUCGGUAACACUCACUAAACCCGACAAAACAACAGCACCGGAAGAAGUCCAGCCAGAAGUGGAACAGACAUCAGAGAUAACUCUCAAGAAAAAGAUCAAAAAACCUAAAAGUAUUACGGAAUCUACAGUUGAAGUCAAACCAGAAUCUGUUGAAUCGGUAACCGAAGAAACAGUCAAAAUAUCUACCGUUCCCUCGGAAACAGUGUCCGAAUCGGUAACACUCACUAAACCCGACAAAACAAUAGCACCGGAAGAAGUCCAGCCAGAAGUGGAACAGACAUCAGAGUUAACUCUCAAGAAAAAGAUCAAAAAACCUAAAAGUAUUACCGAAUCUACAGUUGAAGUCAAACCAGAAUCUGUUGAAUCGGUAACCGAGGAAACAGUCAAAAUAUCUACCGUUCCCUCGGAAACAGUGUCCGAAUCGUUGAAGUCAAGCCAGAAUUGGAAAAAUCUGUGGAAACAACAACUGAAGAAUUCGUUGAAAUAUCUACCGUUCCCUCAGAAACAGUGUCCGAAUCGGUUACACUCACUAAACCCGACAAAACAACAAUACCGGAAGAAGUCCAGCCAGACGUUUACCGAAUCUACAGUUGAAGUCAAACCAGAAUCUGUUGAAUCGGUAACCGAGGAAACAGUCAAAAUAUCUACCGUUCCCUCGGAAACAGUGUCCGAAUCGGUAACACUCACUAAACCCGACAAAACUACAGUACCGGAAGAAGUCCAGCCAGAAGUGGAACAGACAUCAGAGAUAACUCUCAAGAAAAAGAUCAAAAAACCUAAAAGUAUUACCGAAUCUACAGUUGAAGUCAAACCAGAGUCCCGAGAAUCAGUUGAAAAGACAGACACAACUCAAACAUUUAAAUUACGAAAGCCGUCCAAAGAAUCAAUCGAUCAAACGAUUAGUCUAAAUGUGGAGCAAACUAAGAAAGAAUUGGAAGACAUAUCAACAGAAAUUAUGAUUAAAAAGAAACCAAAACAAAAAUCUGUCACAACUGAAGGUGUGAUAUCUUUAUCCAAAGAGGAAGACCAGCAAAGAGACACAGAAAGUAAUAUAACCGUUGAUUUGUCAUUAGAGUCCAACCUACAGACCGAUGAGACGAGUGAUGAAAUCAUUAGUCAAACUUUUAAACUAAAGAAAACAUCCGCUGAUUCGGACGAUCAGAGCGUAUCUCUAAGUAUUAAACAAAAUCAGAAACAAUUGGACGAUAUUUGCGCAGAAAUUUCAAUUAAAAAGAAAUCUAAACCGAGAGACUAUUCCGAUUCGCAAACCAUACAUAUAAAGGAUUCUCAAGACAUCGUAGAAAGUGAUGUCAACAAAACAAUUGAAAUUCGGGCGCCAAUUGAAGAAGACAUCGAAAACAUUACAUUAGACUUACGGCAGAAAAAAUCUAUUGACAGACAAACAGAAGAGGAAGAAUUGGAGCAAUCGUUUCGUUUGCCAAAACGAAAGAGCGAAGAAAGCGUCACAUUUACAGUCGACGAGAAGAAAACCACAAUUAGUGAUAUCUCGACUGAUAUUACUAUUAAAAAGAAAUUAAAACCAAAAGUUUGUGUUGAAGAGGACAGCGCUUCCAUUCGUAUUGAAGAACAACGAGAUAUAACGGGUGAAGAAGAAUCAACUUUCGCGUCGAUUACUCUUCCAGAAGAAGAGGCAGUGGUCGACACAAUUGAUUCAGAAAUAGAGACAAUUGAAAAACAGGUGAUCGUAGAGAAAGAUCAGGUCUUCAAUAUUGGUCUCAAGAAAGUGAAUAAAACAGAGGAGAGCGCAGAAUCUUAUGAAACGGAAUUCAAAGCCAAAAGAAUUUCAACAAAAAAAGUUUUAGACUUCAGUGAAACAGAAAAAAGUUUUGACUUGAGUUUAGCCAAACAGAAGUCAUCGGACGAACGUAUUAAGCAAUUGGACGAAAGCGCGACCAUUCAAUUGGACACAACUCCUGAUAAGUCUUAUCAGAUCUCAGAAGAAGCGGCAGAAUUGACUCUUAAGAAAGAAGUUGAAGUGCAAGAGGUGUCUGCUCUGACCAUUAAAAAGGAAAUUCAGGUUGAAGAGCUAAUUGCAACGAUUACAGUGGUGUCUGAAGUGCCAAACAUGAUAUCCGUAUCAGAAGGAGACCGACUAUACGUAGUGGAAAGACAUACCAGCGACUGGUGGUUUGUUAGAAAACGUCUAACUAAUGAAAGCGGUUAUAUUGAGUCUAAAAAUCUGGUCGAUUCGACCGCUUAUACACACAUUCUUCGCAAUAAAGUUGAAGAAAAGAUCCAUAAUAUUCCUGUCUAUGAGGUUGAAGAACCAGACGACACAUUUGAGCCCAGAUUUGUAAGAGAUCUUCAGUGUAUGUAUGCGUGGGUCGGAGAAACGGUUACAUUUGAGUGUCAGGUGGAGGGCAACCCUCGGCCGACCAUCACUUGGUUUAAACACUCGUCUAUUUUAAAAGCCAACGACGAAAUACAGAUGUAUUACGAGGAGGACAACAGCGCUAAACUCAUCAUCAAAGAAGUGUUCGCCGAAGACUCGGGAAAGUAUACCGUCGUCGCCAAGAAUUCAAUCGGUUAUAAGUCAUACACUGUAGACCUCAAUGUUGAAGGCGAAUAUUCAGACGUAGAGUCAGUGACAACGAGCCGGAAGAGUAUGUCCCGCGAGUCGUCCAUCAUAUCUAUAUUAGAAGGCAUUCCUCCAGUGUUUGCAGAACCGCCCAAAAGUAUUGAAAUAAAAAAAGGUAAAAGUUUUCACAUCGAGGUCUGUGUCAACGCACAAACCAAGCCUUCAGUUCGUUGGCUAAGAAAUGGCAUUGAAAUCAAAGAAUCGAAACGAAUUCAAAUGAAAUCGACUGAAGAUAUCUAUUACUAUAAAUAUCGGUUAGAAGUGGAAAAGGCUUCAGAAGAUGACGGCUUAUACGAGAUAAUUGCCGAAAAUAAGGACGGAUUCGCCUCAACCACUGUUGUUGUCUAUAAUGAGGAAAAGAAACAAAAGCCUGAAUUCACUCAAACAUUCGAUGACCUCUUUGUCGAGGAAGAGUCCGAUAUAACACUGUCUGUCAAAUAUACGGGUCAUCCAAAGCCA